UGUAAAUAUAUGCACGUGUUUAGUGACCGAACACGAUCAUGGUAGGACACUUGAGGUCAGGGGAUUUUUCUGAUGAAAUGCAGGUUCUGACUGAUAGAUUUCAGCUAGUGGUCGUUUGUACCUAGCAUUCAAAUACAAUGUUGUCGAAACUGAGCGUAUUUGCGAAGAGAUCGUUCAGCAAGCACCUGUUGUUGACAAAUAUAGCCACUUACAGUUCCUUACUGGCUCUCGGAGACUGUUUUGUGCAAACCAUCGAACGUCAUGCCACCGAUGGCGAGAAGCAACCUUAUAACUAUCACAGAACGGGUCGUGUGUUCAUCCUUGGGGUGGCUCUGGCACCUCUGAACCAUGUGUGGUACAAGCUGUUGGACAAGGUGAUCAAGGGGACAGGCGGGAAGGUGGCUGCCAAGAAGAUACUCACUGAACAGUUCUCAGCUGCCCCAUUCUUCUGUUCAGCUUAUAUUACAGGUAUUGGUGCCCUAGAGAGAAAAAGUGGACGUGAAAUUUAUCAAGAAUUGAGCGAGAAGUUUCUUUUUAUCUACCUCGUUGACUGGUUUGUGUGGCCGCCAGCACAGUUCAUCAACUUCUACUUUCUGCCAACACAAUACCGUGUUGCAUAUGUUUCUGUACUGACGCUAUGCUGGAACUGUUUUCUGUCCUAUAUUAAACACAAGAACCCAGAACCAGUUCCUCAUCUCACAGAGAAAUCCGAGAAAUGUGACUGAUGACUAAAACAGACAUGGCUUCAUUCCAUCUCAGGAAUACCGUAUUUCAUCUAAUAAGCACCUGGAUGCCUAUUUUGUCAACAGAGUUCCAGACCCGGUGCUUAUUAGAGGCCUGGUGCUUUUGCACUUACUGGGUCUAAUUACAGUAAUUGUUAGUGAGCUGCUGUACACCCGGCACUUAUUAGAAACCCGGCACCUAUUAGAGGACCAGCUUAUUAGAGGAAAUAUGGUAUAUGCUCAUAAUGCUCUUCAGCCUUCCAAGAGUCACAACUGUGUCACAUUCAAGGCACAAGAUCUAUUUGCUCAAUCAGAAUUUGCUGAGUGGAUUAAAAUGUGGUAAAAUUAAUAUCUGGCUUCAAUUUGUCCAUUCCCAUUACAAAUCAAGCCAGUUAGUUAACUACUGGCUUCCCUUGUUGUUAUCCUAUCACUGUUGUUGUUUCACAUAGAUUUAUAUAGCUAUAUGUGUCCUAGUUUUUUCUCUCAUCUGAUAAAGGCGUAAGAAUAUACUCUGAAAGGUAUAUUCUGAAACCUGUUCCUCAAGGGGCGGUGGGGUAGCCAUGUGGUGAAAGCAUCACUCGUAAGACCCGGGUUUGAUUCCCCACAUGGGUACAAUGUGUGAAGCCCAUUUCUGGUGUCGACAGCCAUGAUAUUGCUGGAAUAUUGCUGAAAGCAAUGUAAAACAGCUAAAUUAACUCACUGUGUUCCCCAAAUAAAAUUCUCGCCUCUAUUUUCUAUUUACUGAAGUAAACAUUAUGACGAUUAAAGUCAACAUGGCCAGUGGAUACUUCCGUAUAGGAAAUAUCCAUUUCCUUGGUCUUUGUCAAUCAAAAGAAACAUUACAUGAGACUGCCCAUUUAAAUGUAUGUGAUAUUCUCGUAUAUUGUUAUUUGCAGUGCGUGUGUGAAUAUUUUAUGUAUGUGUACCGCUGCCAGUAUUUUAUAUCUGCUGAAGGUGUAAAUGCUCUCAAUGUAUUUUAAAUGUUCUUUGAAUGUGUGGAAUGAUAUCCCAGUGAAAGAUCUUCUUUACACUAUCCCUGCCUGUUGAAAUGUGUCAAAAGAAAAUGGUUGUGUUUUGCAAAUAACAUUGUUAUACCUGCUGGUUAAAAGCAAUAAACAGAUUAAUGAAA